AUGGAGCUUGUAAAUCGGGACGCUUCUCUUAAGGUGAAGGUUAUCAUCGCUCAUGUUGCUGAGAAAUACAUGUAUAUCAUAUCCUACAAAAAGGCAUGUAUUGCAAAGUGUAAGGCAAUUGAGUCGCUGUAUGGAAAUUGGGAGACAUCUUACAACGAUCUGCCGCAGUGGAUACUAGUAAUGAAAACAUAUCUACCAGGUACCAUUAUAGAAUUGCAAUCCUUACCUGUUGAUGGAACAUGGUUGUAUGGCAAGUACAGAGGGACUCUGUUGAUGACUGUGGCACAGGAUGGGAACGGGAACAUUUUUCCGGUAGCGUUCACGUUGGUUGAAAGUGAGACAAAGGAAGCUUGGAGUUUCUUUCUUAAGAAUUUAAGAAUACACGUUACUCCCCAAGCAAAUUUGUGUCUAAUAUCAGACAGGCAUGAAUCUAUAAAGAGUGCAUAUAACAAUACGGAAAAUGGAUGGCAGUAUCCUCCAUCAUCACACGUCUAUUGGAUUAGACACAUCGCGCAAAACUUCAUGCGCGAGAUUAAAGACAAGGAUAUGCGCAAAAUAGUUGUUAACAUGGGUUAUGCGUUAACAGAGGCGAAAUUUAACUACUAUCGGGGGGAAAUCCGAAGAAUAAACAACGACGCUUUAUCAUGGAUAGACAACAUCUCUUGGGAGAAGUGGGCAAGGGCAUUCGACAGAGGGCAACGCUGGGGUCACAUGAUAACUAACCUAGCAGAAGCAAUGAACUCGGUGCUAAAAGAAACCCAAAACCUUCCAAUCACUGCAUUGGUCAAAUCUAUGUACUAUCGAUUAAGAUCACUAUUUGGUAGAAGAGGCCAUCAAUGGACAAAAAUGUUAGCCUCUGGGCAGGUUUUUACUGAUAACUAG